UGCACAGCAGGCAGUGGAGCUGAUCACUUGAAGGGCAUCAAAUGAUACACGAAGCGAGCUUGCAGUGGGUCCUCUUGACUUUAGUAGAGAGCAGCAGCAGUCUGUCAUCUCAUCAAGGAGACUGCAUUAUUUGAAGAAGAAGAAGAAGAAGAAAAAAAAUGGCAGACAAAUCUAAUUCAUUUUCAAAUAACAAAGACGAGAAAUCGGAUGGAAACAAUGUAUUUCAAAGGCAGGAUUCAAUACAGAAGAGCAACAUGGGAAGCCAGAACAUAAAGGACCAUGCCAAUUCUGUGGGCUUUAAAAUGGAUCGGGAGGAAGCCAUGGUUGGGUUUGAUGAUUUGGACGGGUCGUCGAGGCAGUAUGGUUUUAUGCAAAGACAAUUCGGGGCAAUGUUACAGCCCGGGGUUAAUAAGUUCUCUCUACGUAUGUUCGGAAGCCAGAAAGCAGUGGAAAAAGAGCAAGAACGUGUCCAAACUGCGGGAUACUGGAUUAUACACCCCUAUAGCGAUUUUAGGUUUUACUGGGAUCUGAUCAUGUUAAUAAUGAUGGUUGGGAAUCUAAUAAUCAUUCCUGUAGGAAUCACCUUCUUUACAGAACAAACAACAACGCCAUGGCUUGUAUUUAACGUUGCAUCAGACACCAUCUUCCUGGUGGACCUUGUAAUGAAUUUUAGAACUGGGAUUGUUAUAGAAGAAAGUUCUGAAAUAAUUCUGGACCCCAAAGUGAUAAAAAUGAAUUACUUGAAAAGCUGGUUUGUGGUUGAUUUCCUCUCAUCCAUACCUGUGGAUUAUAUUUUUUUAAUUGUUGAGAAAGGAUUUGAUUCAGAAGUUUACAAGACUGCUAGAGCACUGCGUAUAGUGAGAUUUACCAAAAUCCUCAGUCUGUUGCGUUUGUUAAGACUUUCAAGACUUAUCCGUUACAUACACCAGUGGGAAGAGAUCUUCCAUAUGACCUAUGACCUGGCAAGUGCAGUGGUAAGAAUAUUUAAUCUCAUUGGAAUGAUGCUUCUUCUUUGCCACUGGGACGGUUGUCUCCAGUUCCUGGUGCCACUGCUCCAAGAUUUUCCACCAGAUUGCUGGGUGUCGCUAAACGGUAUGGUUAAUGAUUCUUGGGGGAAGCAGUAUUCCUACGCUCUCUUCAAAGCAAUGAGUCACAUGCUGUGUAUUGGGUAUGGUGCCCGUGCUCCCGUCAGCAUGUCAGACCUGUGGAUUACUAUGCUGAGCAUGAUUGUGGGAGCCACCUGCUAUGCUAUGUUCGUGGGUCACGCCACAGCUCUUAUUCAGUCGUUGGACUCUUCACGAAGGCAGUAUCAGGAAAAGUAUAAACAAGUGGAACAGUACAUGUCCUUUCAUAAACUGCCAGCUGAUAUGCGUCAGAAAAUCCACGAUUACUAUGAACACCGCUAUCAAGGGAAGAUUUUUGAUGAAGAAAAUAUUCUCAGUGAGCUAAAUGAUCCAUUAAAAGAGGAAAUUGUUAACUUUAACUGUCGGAAACUGGUUGCCACCAUGCCCUUGUUUGCUAAUGCGGAUCCAAACUUUGUAACAGGAAUGCUGAGUAAGCUAAAGUUUGAAGUAUUCCAGCCAAAUGAUUACAUCAUCCGAGAAGGGACAGUUGGAAAGAAAAUGUACUUCAUCCAGCAUGGUGUUGCCAGUGUAAUUACCAAGUUAAAUAAGGAGAUGAAGCUUACGGAUGGUUCUUAUUUUGGAGAGAUUUGCCUGUUGACAAAAGGGCGACGCACUGCCAGUGUGAGAGCUGAUACAUACUGUCGCUUAUACUCUCUCUCCGUGGACCACUUUAAUGAAGUUCUUGAAGAAUACCCAAUGAUGCGCAGAGCCUUUGAAACAGUUGCCAUUGACAGACUUGAUCGGAUUGGGAAGAAGAAUUCUCUGCUGCUGCAGAAAUUCCAGAAAGAUCUGAACGCGGGAGUGUUCAACACACAGGAGAACGAGAUUCUGAAACAGAUUAUCAAACAGGACCGCGAGAUGGUGAUGAUGGUGGAUCGCAAGCAGUCAAUGACAGGAAUGAACUCAACCCCAGUCUCUGGAAAUUCGAUCAUUAACUCACCUGCUCAGCCUCCAUACUCCGCCACUCUUAGCCACUGUCAAUUUCAGCAGUCAUCAGUUCCAGCCUACAGUGCAUCAUCUCCAAGGGUCUUAGCUACUCCUCAACAGCCAGUUUAUGCUAUGCCAAGCAUGUCUCACAGCAACCUGAAUUCAUCUUCCCCAAGCCCACAAACACCGCUACAACAGCAACAACAGGCCGCAAUUUUAUCACCUUGUUCAUAUACCACAGCUGUGUGCAGCCCCCCAGUGCAGAGCCCAUUGGCAGGCCGCACUUUUCAGUAUGGCUCUCCAACUGCAUCCCAGCUAUCACUCUUGCAACAGCAAACACAACAACCUGCAUCUCAGCCUCAAUCACAACCACCGCCACAGCAGCAACAGCUGCAGAAGGCACCUUCACCCCAGAGAAGUGAUAUGCACAAGAGCACACAGGCUCUGCAUUCUGCAAGUCUGAGCCGGGAUGUGAGGCCACUGUCAGCCUCCCAACCUUCGCUCCCUCAUGACACAUCUCUUAUCACCAGGCCACAUCCUUCAUCAGGAGAGUCUUUGGCAUCCAUACCUCCUCCAGUGUCCUCUGUGCAGGGCACAAGCCUACAGAGUGGGACACGAACCACUGUACCGCAGAGAGUGAACCUCUUCCGGCAGAUGUCUUCAGGAGCAUUGCCUCCAGUUCGUGUGAAUCCAUCGUCCCAGCACAGGGAUUCACUGAGCUCCAGAAGAGAAUCUACAGUCUUAAGUAGUACAGAAGCUGACCAAGACAAGAUGCGUUUUGCCUCAAAUUUAUGAUCUCGUUUUUUUUUCUUUUGUUUUUUUUGUUUUUU